AUCGAACAACGAUAACGCAAUUUGAACUUUAAGAGUGACUUAUAAUCUUUCCUUUUAAAUCAAUAUUGGACUCAUGACGGUAAAAGAUCAUUGCAAUUAAUAUUGCAGGAAAAUUUGUAAACUUUCUUGUAAAUAAUAUUGAAAUAAAACAAUAUGAAUGGAAUAAUUUAUUCUGCUGUGGCCAAAUCCGGUGUGAUUCUGGUUAGCAACCAAAGACAAGCUGGUGAUUAUGACUCUGAAGUCAAAUCUUUCUUAUCCAAUAUACCUGUUGAAAGGAAUACAAAAUCAUGUUUUGCAUCUGGAAUCUACACAUAUCAUAUUCUUGUAGAAGAUUUACUUAUAUAUAUUUGUGCAGCUGAGAAUGAAUUUGGUAAAAGUGUACCUUUUGCAUUUUUAAAUGAAGUGAAAAGUAGAUUCACUAGCGGAAGUUUAGCUAUUAGAGCGCUUACUGCUAAUGAGCAUGAUUUCGAUAGAGACUUUAGCUACAUUUUAAAGGACCAAAUGAUAAAAUAUAGCAAUGAUGUAGCCAUUGAUGGGAUUGGAAAAGUGAAGAAACAAGUUGAAGAAGUGAUGACUGUCAUGAGUGAUAAUAUAGAAAAAGUUGUUGAUAGGGGUGAAAGGCUUGAUUUGUUAUUGGACAAAACCAAUGACCUUGAAGUCUCGUCAUCUCAAUUUCAUGCAACAUCUAAAAAAGUUAGGCGUCACAUGUUCUGGAAAAACUUCAAAAUGUGGAUAAUUCUGUUUGCCAUUGCCGCUGUUGUUAUCACUCUCAUUGCUUUAAUGGCUACAAAUGUCAUUCCAGUACGAAGCAUGGAAUGACAUCUCUUGUUAGAAACAUAGGUGAACUCUUUCUACUCGCUCAAGCAACUGUGCAAUUGAAUUUUUUAUUGAUGCAGGUACUUUUAUUUUGUAAUUGAAAUUGAUACAAGGGUUUUCUCUAUGUUUAUCUUGAUAUGAAGCAAUAUAUUCCAACAAGUACCUGGUUUUUUUAGAGAAUUUUCUUUGUAAUCUCUAUAUUCUAUUGAUGCACUUAAAAUAUAUAUAUAUUCUGUGAAAAUAUAUAUUAAAAUACCUCUAUAUUUAAGAUAUUUUACUGUUAGUUAGUGAAAUUGAUUUACUAUUAUAUGCUAGUUGAUUAAGUAAACUUUUAUAUGAAACUCAAGUUUAGUAAUAUGCAGCUUGAACUAACAAAAUGUCCUGGAAAAAUAAAAAAGAUUAACCUAUAUUAACUUAUAGUACUUAAUUAAAGAAACAAUUUUUAAAGGCUGCUAAUCAGUAAUUAUGUUAAAAAUUCAAAUAUUUACUGAGUGCAAGUAUAUUUAAUUUUUAUGUAUAUUUUCCUGCCAUUUAUAAGUACAUUCAAGAAUAUCUCAAAUUUCUUUUAUAUAUAGUCUUCUUCUUUAAGCUUUUAUAUAACUUCCAGUUUACUUCUCUAUAUUCUCUGCAUUUAAUGUAAUUUGAUCAUUUAUCUAAUAACUCACAUUUCCAUCCAUAUUUGAACUAAAGAAUUUAGCUUUUUUUUUUUUUGCAAGGAACAUAACUAUAAUUUGGUUUCCUUUUAUGUUAGGCAUAGAAAAAAUCUUUGAAAAAUUUAUUUCUUUGAAUUCAAAUUUUUGACUUUAAUCACCUGCAAAAUUUAAAAUAAAAUUGUCGUAUAGAAAAUUCAAACAAACAAAGGUUUGUUUGAAUUUUUUCAAUGGUUUUGUAAUCAAUUUUUUUUAAAGUCUGCCAUAUUUAAAUUUGCCCCAAUUGAUUUCUAUUUAGUAAAAAGUAUAUGUAACUUUAAAAUAUUUUAUAUUCAUAUUUUAGAAAUGUUUUUUUUUUUCAUUCCUUUAAAUAUUAUGAGAAUAUCUUACAUUCCAUAUUUUGAUCUCUUGUAAUAAAGAAUUUUGAACUCAUAAAUAGAUUUUUUGGGAACAUUUUUCUAAAAACUCUUUUAUACAAUGUGAUAUAUAAUUAAAAUGAAAUAUCAAAAUAUAUAUUUAAAUUAAAUUAUUAAAAUAUGUCAUGUUUUAGUUUUUAAUAUAUUAUGAACAUGUAAUACCUUGUUGUUGUGUACUAAAGAAUCUACUAAGUUUACUUUUUGUGUAACAUGUAUUAAUUUAUUUAUGAUUUAUGUUUAUAAUUAUCAAAUGUUUAAAUUUGUUUUUGUGUUAAAUUGUAAUCAAAAUAUUUAUCUUUUGAAUUGACACAGAACAAAUUACUUAAUCCUACUUGUGUGAUGAACCGUAACCAUACUAGAAUAAAUUAUUUUAGUAAAUGUUUA